AGAGCCGAGCUGCAGGAGCCGAGCCCGGGCGGCCGCACUGCCUCUGGAGCGCCAGCCGUCCGGGCCGAGGUCAGUGCUGCACCCGCCUUCCCUACGCAGCGGGAGAGAGAGGCCAGCGCCGCCGCGGACAGGACCACGGAUUCUGCAAUCCCAGGGCUGCCCCAGCAGGGCCGGCUGGACCUGCGGCUGGCUGUUGGUUUGCUGAUUGCACCAUGGAUCCUGCGGAGAAGAAGAUUUCCGUGUGGAUCUGUCAGGAGGAGAAGCUGGUGUCCGGCCUCUCCCGCCGCACCACUUGCUCGGACGUGGUGCGCGUGCUCUUGGAGGACGGCUGCCGGCGGCGACGGAGGCAGCGGCGGGGCCAGCGACAGGGGAUGGCCGGUGACCCACCCGGCCAGGAGGAAUUACCCGAACCCCUGGACGAAAACGACGAGGACGACGACGAGGCGCUGUCCCAGGGCAUGCUGUGUGGGCCUCCGCAGUGCUACUGCAUCGUGGAGAAGUGGCGCGGCUUUGAGCGCAUCCUGCCCAACAAGACGCGCAUCUUGCGCCUGUGGGCCGCCUGGGGCGACGAGCAAGAGAAUGUGCGCUUCGUGCUGGUGCGCAGCGAGGCGUCGUUGCCCAACGCGGGCCCGCGCAGCGCCGAGGCGCGGGUGGUGCUCAGCCGGGAGCGGCCUUGCUUGGCCCGCGGAGCCCCGGUGCGGCCCAGCCUGGCUAUGACCCAGGAGAAACAGCGGCGGGUGGUACGCAAGGCCUUCCGCAAGCUGGCCAAGCUCAAUCGGCGGCGCCAGCUGCAGCCGCCGUCGCCCUGUUCGUCCACGUCGUCGUCCACAGCCUCGUCCUACUCGCCACCUCCCCGCGCUCCCGAGAGUGCAUCAGUGGAGCGCAUGGAGACGCUGGUGCACCUGGUGCUGUCGCAGGACCACACCAUCCGCCAGCAGGUGCAGCGGCUCCGGGAGCUCGACCGCGAGAUCGACCGCUACGAAGCCAAGGUGCACUUGGACCGCAUGCGGAGGCACGGGGUCAACUACGUGCAGGAUACUUACUUGAUGGGCAUGGGUGUCGAGCUGGACGGGCCCAGUUCUGGAGAGGAGCCAGAGAAGGAGCCGGCGGCGGCGGAGGCGGCUGCACCCCUGGACGGCGAGGCACAGACGACAGCGCUGGAGGAGCUGGCCCGGCGCUGCGACGACCUGCUGCAGCUGCAGGAACAGAGGGCCCAGCAGGAGGAGUUGCUGGAGCGCCUCUCCACCGAGAUCCAGGAGGAGCUGAACCAGAGGUGGAUGGAACGGCGCAAGGAGGAGCUGUCGGCGCGCGAGGAGCCCCCGGAGCCCGACGGCGGCGGCCCGGAGGGCGAACUGCUGCUGGAGCAGGAGCGGGUCAGGACGCAGCUCAGCACCAGCCUUUACAUCGGGCUGCGGCUCAACACGGACCUGGAGACCGUCAAGGCGGACUUGGAUUACAGCCAACAGCAGUGGGACAGCAAGGAGCGCGAGCUGCAGGGCCUCCUCCAGACCCUGCACACUUUGGAACCGGCGGUGGGGCGGGAUGGGCCUCCGGGUCCCGGCGCACCCUCGCGGGAGCCCUGGCCUGAAACCUGUACCGAGGUGUGGGUGGACCAAGCCCGCGGACUGGCCAAGAGCUGUCCUGGCAACGACGAGGACUCGGACACGGGGCUGAGCUCCAUGCACAGCCAGGACUCGGACUCGGUGCCGGUGUGCGAAUCCCUCGUGUAGGAGGAGCUAGGAGGGAGACGCUCGGAUCUCUGUCUCGCAGCGUGCCUUGGCCGCGCGGCUCAGGGACUUGAAUCCGGCUGCAGGGAGCCGGGAGCUCCUUCCAGGCCGCAGCGCUCAGCUCUGAGAUCUGACCCAGACGGUCAGAGAUGGCUGGGGACACUUGUCGCGCAGCGGGCAGCGGCGCCCCGCUGACUCCAGGGAGAUGCAGAUGCUCUCUUACCCUCUGUGCUGACACGGGAGCCUGUCCUGACCUCCUCUGGUCUCUGGUCACCAGCUGCACUGUCCCCUGUUGAGGAAUGACCACACCUCGACUGCCACUGCCAUGGAGUAACAGCACGCAUGCCAGUUUUCAGGUCGUCAAGUAAAAUCUGAAAUAAAAAGCCCUUUUCUAACUUGAUUUUUUCCAAAGACUUUACUUGGCGUAAUGGUUUUUGCCUUAAAGUUACAUCUGAUUCAGAAACAUCCGUGGAUUUGGUCUUGAGCUUGGUGACAACAAGGAAUAAACCCACUGUGUUCCAUUGUUCAAUCCCAUAAACACAAAGCCAACGAUAGCUUUAUUCUGAGGCUAAGGUAAAAUCCUAAUUCAUGUAUGACAAAUGCCACUUGUCUGAAUGGCUUCUCCUGGAAAUGGGCUGACCUGGUGGUUUUUAAAUUAUUGUGCUUUUUUUCCCCUCCAGGGUGGGAGGGGAAGUGGUUCUUGGAUGUUUAUUAACUCAGAAAGAAGGCAGAAGUUGGCAGAAGAGGUUGCCUGGCAGAAAGGAGCUGUUUUCCUUUUCACUGUUAUUAUUUUAAACUUUGAUGGGCUGCUGACGUCAGCAAAUAUGCUGGAAGCCUGUAACGCCAACAAGCCACCUCACAGAGAGAAGGCCCUUGGGGUGUUCCGGGCUCUGCUUCUAGAACCUUUCCUGUUCUGACCACCUGAAGCUGUUUGCCUGGUCAACGUCUCAGGCAGCCCGGGGAGGCUUUAUUUCUAACAAAAGGCAGCUCAGGCUGCCCAUUUUUGCUUUCAUCCAAAUCAAUUAUAUUCCUAAAAGGCAUUCUCUGUGUGGGUAGGAGAGAGGAGGAUGGGGGUGGGGAGAGGAGACAAUAGUUCCUUUUAGGAAGAGCUUUGCUGGCCCAGGAAAGGUACAGUGCCAAUGCGGGGACAUGCUUAAUAAAAUGCUCCAUGUGUUCCAAC